GCAGGGCCCUCCCUGUGUUUACAUUAGGGGCUGGGUUCCCUGGGCCCCGGGCACAGCCGGAAGAGUGGCAGAGGUAGAGUAAGAGGCCUUCAGCCCUGUUCUGACCUCUGAGAAGGCAAGAGAUGGGAAGACAGAGGUAGAGGGCUGUUGUGGGACCAUUGCUGUGGUUGGGAAACAAGGUGCUUGGGUCACAGAUCUGGAGUUUGGGAGAGGGCAGGACAGGGUUAAAGGACCCUGACCAGGAGAUGGUGUGGAGUUGAGCAGAGCGCAGGGCUGCUUGAGGAUGCUGGCCUUGGCUUAGAUGGGCCACCAGGGUCACCCACGGGUGGUGGGGAGAGCUGGUGAGCCUGCGGCACACUGAGAUUAAGGGAUCAAGGCAGGGGAACGGGUGGCUUGACGUGGCAGCCCCUGUUGCCUUGGUUAGGGGCAGUAGGAUGGCCAGCCCAUCCUGGUACACUUGGAAAUGCUGAAGGAGGCUGGGUUGUGUUUUGUGGGCAGCAGGCUGGAGGCCAUCAUGUGGCUGAGCAAAAGUGACUAGCUGGGGCUCACACGGUUGGAGGCUGUCCUGUGCUCAGCCUGGCCCUUAGGCGGCAGGGCUUAGGGUAGGUGCUGCUGUGGGGAACCUGGCAGCCGGCAGUCAUUUGGUCACCCAGGGAUAGCUGCAGGGAGCUCUUGGUUUGUCUGCAGGGCCCUUCCAGAGGCCCCCGAUGGUCCAUCCUCUGGGGCAGCCAGAGCUGGGUAGCUGGGCCCUGUGCCACAAACCAUCCCAAUGGCGGCCUCCCAACUGGCAGCGCUGGGUGAGGAGGAGGAGGGGCCCGGACCGCGGCCCCUCACUGAGGCCAGCCCCGCCUUUCUGUACUCCGAGGGCCAGCGGCUGGCAGUGGAGGCACUGCUGAGCGAGGGCAGCGACGCCUUCCAGGCCUGUGUGCAGCAGGAGGGGCUGCGGCCCUUCCUGAGCGCAGAGGAGGUGCAAGCGUUGGCUGCGGCUGCUGAGGACUGGACAGAAGCCAGGCCAGAGCCUGGCGGGGCCACAUGCACCGCCUCCGCUGCUGCUGGGGCGACGGGCAGCCUGACCUACUGGCCUGGGCAGUCGGAGGAGCCAGCACCCGUGCUGCGACUGGGCUGGCCAGAGGACAGCACAUGGAAGGGCAUCACUCGGGCACAACUGUACACCCAGCCCCCUGGCGAGGGCCACCCGCCCCUCAAGGAGCUGGUGCGACGAGAAAUCCAGGCUGCCCGCAAGCUGGUGGCCGUGGUCAUGGACGUCUUCACAGACCCAGACCUGCUUUCGGACCUGGUGGAUGCAGCCACACGCCGCUGGGUUCCUGUGUACCUGCUCCUGGACCGCCGGAGGCUGCCUGCUUUCCUAAAGCUAGCUGGGCAGCUGCGGGUGAACCCCUGGGCCACGGAGAACCUGGACGUCCGUGUCGUGCGGGGCUGCACUUUCCAGAGUCGCAGGCGACGGCAGGUGAGCGGAGAUUCACAGGAGAAAUUUGUGCUGCUGGACGGUGACAGGGUCAUCUCAGGGUCCUACAGCUUCACAUGGAGUGACGCUCGCCUGCACCGGGGCCUGCUGACCCUGCUGACGGGAGAGAUCGCCGAUGCCUUCAGCCACGAGUUCCGCACGCUGUACGCAGCCUCCUGUCCUCUUCCACCUGCGCCCGCCCCAGGGCCCCUAAUCAGUGUCUCUGGGGAGGUGUCACCAGCCCGGAGCCCACACCGCGUGGUCCACCGCUGCCCAGUCGCCCCAGUGUCACCGCUGCUCCCCAAUGGUCCCCUGGCCCACCGCCUGGCUGCCUGCCGCCUCCUGGAGGGGGACAUGAAGGAGGCCCCUGCACCAGCAGGGCCGGCACUCAGUGACAUCCUCCGCAGCGUGCAAGGUGCUCAGACGGCCAGCGGCCCCCCAACCAGGCCCAGUCGAUCCCUGUGGGACCUGAGCCGCCUGUCUCAGCUGUCAGGCUCCAGUGACGGGGACGGUGAGCUCAAGUCCUGGGGCUCCAAGGACACCCCUGCCAAGGCCCUGAUGAGACAGCGAGGUGCUGGAGAUGCCCGGCCCCUUGCCCGCUGCCAGCCCUGGGGUGGCCCCCUGCCCCCGAUCCCUGCCCGCCGCCUCCGCUACCUGUCACCAACCCGCAGGAGGUUUGGUGAUAGUGGCGCCUCCAAGCUGGCGGAGCUCAGAGGCAUCCAGCAGCCAGACUGGGCAUCUCGCUCAGGCCGAGGGGGACGACCCUGACGGCAGCCCAGCCAGCGUGGAGCCUCGGAAGUGGGGGAAGUGGGGGAAGUGGGUGAGCCCAGGGCCUGCCCUAGGCUGCCCACAAGCUGGGAAACAGCAAAUCCCCACGCUUUGGAUCCUGGCACCACGCACGAGGCCUCAGCCAGGCCAGGACUUCUCAGGAGGACGUGGCUGAGUGUCCCCAGGGUGGACACAUAUGGGGUAACGAGGAAGACCCCUGGGGACGGAAGGGGAAGACCUGGCUCCUACCACGUGCGGGAGCUGUGCGCGCGCUGAGCCCUGGAGCAGGAGAGCCCAAGGACGGGCACUGGGGGUUUCUCCAGGGAGCAGACCUGGGUAAUAGGAGUAGAAAGCUCGUGAACUGAGCGCUGUGAGGGGCGCAGAGGG